UGGCUAUAAAAGCAGCUCUCAGUCUGGACACUGGUUACAGGUGUCCUAGGUGAAGCCUCACCCACUCAGCGCUCAGAGCUCCGCUGCAGCAGUCAUGGCUCCAAGACCAGAAGUGGGGACUGAUUCCUCCCCCAGGCUCGAUGACAACACUAUGUCUAAAGACAUGGCCAUCCUGCCAGCUUACUCUACUGUGGACCUGGUGAAUGAGGACAAAGACCAGGAUGAUCCCUGGGAUCUCCCGGAGCUCAAAGACACGGGGGUCAAGUGGUCAGAGCUGGACACUAAAGGGAAGAUUAUGAGAGUGCUGAGCGGGAUUGUAAAGUUCAUCAUGCUGCUCGGCCUCCUCUACCUGUUUAUCUGCUCGCUGGAUGUGCUCAGCUCAGCUUUUCAGCUGGUCGGAGGCAAAGCCGCUGGUGACAUCUUCCAGGACAAUGCAGUGUUGAAUAACCCUGUGGCCGGCCUGGUGAUUGGUGUGUUAGUCACCGUGCUGGUGCAGAGCUCCAGCACAUCCUCCUCUAUUGUGGUCAGCAUGGUGUCCUCUGGAUUGCUGGAUGUGGAGUCUGCAGUGCCAAUCAUCAUGGGUGCCAACAUUGGAACAUCUGUCACCAACACCAUCGUGGCCAUGAUGCAGGCAGGAGACAGAAAUGAAUUCCGCAGGGCGUUUGCUGGUGCCACCGUCCAUGACUUCUUUAACUGGCUGUCUGUGCUGAUUCUUCUGCCCCUGGAAGUGGCCACAGGUGUUCUCUACAAAAUCACCCACCAGUUAAUCAAAGCCUUCAACAUCCAGACUGGAGAGGAUGCCCCCGACCUGCUCAACGUCAUCACAGACCCUCUCACUGACUCCAUCAUCCAGCUGGACAAAUCUGUGAUCACUGGCAUCGCAACCGGUGACCCGGCAGCGCGAAACAAGAGUCUGAUCAAAGUAUGGUGCAAAAAAUACACAAACACGUCUUUCUGGAACACAACAGUGGAGAACUGCUCUACCGGAGGUAUCUGCUGGGAGGAAGGAAACCAGACCUGGACCCAGAUGAACUCGUCUUCGACCAUAUACCUGGAGAAAUGUAAACAUAUAUUUGUCAAUGUGAACCUGCCUGACCUGGCUGUAGGCCUCAUCCUCCUGGCUCUGUCUCUGCUUGUCCUCUGCUCCUGCCUCAUCCUCAUCGUCAAGCUGCUCAACUCCAUGCUGAAGGGCCAGGUGGCUGUGGUGAUCAAGAAGGUGCUCAACACAGACUUCCCCUUCCCCUUCGCUUGGGUCACUGGAUACAUCGCCAUCAUGGUGGGAGCAGGGAUGACGUUUAUAGUCCAGAGCAGCUCCGUCUUUACCUCAGCUAUAACUCCUCUUGUCGGUAUCGGUGUGAUUAGCCUGGAGAGAGCCUAUCCUCUGACUCUGGGCUCAAACAUCGGAACCACAACCACGGCUAUACUCGCUGCUAUGGCUAGUCCCGGAGAAACACUAGCCAACUCCCUGCAGAUCGCACUUUGUCACUUCUUCUUCAACAUCUUUGGGAUCGCUUUGUGGUAUCCCAUUCCCUUCAUGCGGUUGCCCAUCCGGCUGGCCAGAGGUCUGGGGAACCACACAGCUCAGUACCGCUGGUUCGCCGCCCUCUACCUCGUCCUCUGCUUCCUGGUCUUGCCUCUGUCCGUGUUCGGCCUGUCGGUGGCCGGCUGGCAGGUCCUGGUGGGCGUCGGCGUUCCCAUCGUCUUACUGGUGAUCUUUGUGAUCAUCGUCAAUGUCAUGCAGUCUCGCUGCGUGCGCUACCUGCCCAAGUGCCUCCGCACCUGGGACUUCCUGCCCCGUCCCCUGCACUCCAUGGAGCCCUGGGACGCCGUGGUGACCGCCACCUUCGGAUUCUGCGGGCGACACUGCUGCUGCUGCUGCAGUUGCUCCAAGUGCUGCAACAAACUAGAGGAGGAGACGAUGACGAGCAUCAGCAAGAAAAGUCUGGAGAUGUACGACAAUCCAACCCUGACGAGAGACGACGAUCCGAAGAUUAUCAAAGCAUCUCAGUUUUAAGAUAAUUCAGUGAAAACACGCCCAACUCAAUGCAAUAAUGUAAGCGUCUGUAAUUCUUCAUGCCUGCUCAGGGUGUGGUCUGUCCAUGAUUUAAGCACUCCAUGUUCAACUCUCUUUUACCGUCCUGCUGGAGAACAUGCACACAAGUGUUGGACACAUUAUUAUAAACCGGCUGUUUUUGUUUUUGUUAUGUCUAUAAUGUUUAUUUUAUGAUGUGUUUUUCUCAGACUCACUUAUCUGCUAACUCUGGGUGAUGCCAACUUAUUUUUUAUAUUUUUUUAUGAGAUGUAUAAAA